AAAUAUGGCCGCCAGAUAUUAAACAUGUGUUGAAAAAUUAACUCGUAUUUUGUUGAUUUUUGGCAAAAAUUAAGAGAUAGAACUUUUCGCUGUGUGAAAAUUAUUAUUACUACGAUGGUUAAAUGGUACUUCUCAAAAGAUAGGCUUUUGAAACGCACUCCAUCGCGUGCAAAUGGCGUUGAUUUUCCAACGGAAUGUCGAUACAGGCGUGAGGGCUGUCGAUUUAUUAUGGACAUGGGAAACAAACUGGGAUUGUAUCCUUUUGAUGUUGUUAAAUUUUCUACUGACUCUCAUAUUGUCAAUUUGAGAAUGAGACUUGGUAAUAACGUUGAAAUGGGCUAUUUCAUUUAAUAUUUGUGACUUCCACAGGUCUGCAAACAAUUAUUUUUAUACUUGGAUGGACAAAUCAAAUGUCUGUCCUGUUGUGAAGCCAAAAAUUGGUCGGACAUUUAUCAAUUUUUCUCAGACAACGGACAAAGUAAAAUUUAAAAAAAAAAUUAGCACAAUGUUUUUUCUUAGUCCGCCGUCAUGUUGGUCCGCAGUGCAAUUCAUCUAAGGGGCCGUCGACAAAUAGAUUUCGUCCGCCGAUCACGGACUUGUUCUGCGAUGUGGGGAGGUGGUCAGCCUUGAAUCCGCGAGUACAACAUAAUCAGGAUGGGGGAGGGGGUUGAAGCAAUCGCGGAACAAGUCUGCGAUCGGUAGACAAAAUCUAUUUGUUGACGGCCCCUAAAGUUUAAACAAAAUCUCGAUAAUCUUCUACAGGUAAGAUUUUGUCUUUAACUGAAAACUAGACGGUAUGAUACUAUGGCCACCGGCGUGAUUUAUUUUCACAGAUUUUACAUGAAACAGUCAUUCAAAACAUUUCCAAGAUGGGUACGUGUUUUAAUUAACUAUACUGUACUUCAACAUAAUUCUGCUCACUGAACAUAAAAAUGUAUAACUUGUUAAAGGUUUGCAAACAAGUUGUUACAAAUCUGUCCACAAGCUGUUGACAAGUUGUGUUUGCAAUGCUUGUUCCCAGUCGUUGUAAAAAGUUGGGAAGAACCUGUUAACAACUUAUUACAAGCUUGAUGGUAUUAUCAGACUUUUGUUACAAGGUUGUUUCAACAAGUCCGAUACAGUUGUCAUAUAACAAGAAUGUUACAAGGUUGACGACACAAGGUUGUAACAACAUUGUUAUAUCGUCACUGUAUCAGACUUGUUGGAACAACCUUGCUACGUCAAGUUUGACAAGUCUGAUACAGUCAUGAUAUAACAAAUACCUAGGCCAGAUUUUGGUGGAAAUAGUGGGGGAGGUGGGAAAAAUUAAGGGAGGUACAGCAGUCUAGCUCCCCCCCUGGAAAGCUAGGGCUUAGAACGGACCAAAGUCAACAACGUGACGUAUGCAUUUAGCGUUACAUGUAUCAGUGAAUUAAUGAAUUAUGACUGCACAACUCAUCCAAUUUUGCUUUUUAUUACAAUUACUACAAAGUUUCUUUCAGAACAUUGCAUUAGAAGGUUACUUGACACAGAAAUGAAUGGCUAUCAUGACUGUUUUAAUUUUAACAUUUGUAGAUCCUAAGCAACACAAAAUGUCAAAUUUUCACUUUCAACUUUUCAGGGGAGGUGCAAAACGAUCUCAGGGGAGGUGCGCACCCAAAAUCCAGUCAUGAGUAUCACAACCUUGUGUCGUCAACCUUGUAACAUUCUUGUUGUGUCAUGACUGUAUCAGACUUGUUAGAACAACCUUGUACAAAUCUGGUAAUGCAAUCAAGCUUGGAAAAGUAGUUGACAGCUUGUUCCAAAUAGUAAAGUAGGGUGCAAUGCAACAUGGUAUAUUGGUUUAAUAUACCAAUUAGAACUUUCUGCAUGUUAUAGGUAACCGCUUGUGCCUGCUUGUUUCUUGCUGGAAAAGUAGAAGAGACGCCAAAAAAAUGUCGAGAUAUCAUAACGGUUGCCAAGAAGAUGUUGCCGGAUCAUCAUUUUCGAUUGUUUGGGGAAAAUCCUCGGGUACAGUAUGAGAAUUUAUAAAUAAUAUAACCAACCGUCUGGCAUUAGACAUACAGUAUGUGGUAAAAUAGCAAAGUUGAGUGCUUUGGCACACGUUGCCAGUUAAGGGGGUUAACAAAAGUUGAAGUUGUUAGCCAGAAAUUUUCACAGACAAUGUUUUAAUGUCAGAUAGAUGAUUCUGAAAAUUAUUAACAUUAAAUAAUAUAAGUACAUAGCACGGCACCCGAAAGCAGAGAGAGGUUUAAUAAAAGUAGACUUUUACUAAACCUCUUGAAGCUUGAGGGACAUUUCAUCACUACUCGACCUGAAUGCCAUGCUAUCACUUUGUAAUAUCAUAGCUACGGAGACAAUAAAACAAAUUCAUUCAAUUGAAUAAGUUGAAAUGAAAAGGAGCAUUUGCUUUUUGAUACUAAUGACUAUUGGGAUGUUCGUUAAUGAGGUUACGGUUGAUUUUUCAUGUCUUUUUGAACGUCAAUAUAAGAGGUUACAGUAUGCAUAAAGAUAAGGGACGAUUAGUAACUAAUCGUCCUGUGGGUUGAUUAGUUUCUAAUUGGCCCUCAUGCUUUAGUGAUAGGUAAAUUAGUUAUUAAUUGCAUCUCGCGAGGCAAAGGAUUUCGAGGUACAGUAGCUAUGAUUGAUAUUAGACCUGUUGAUUAAAUAUCAAAAUUACUAAAUACACAUGAUUAUUGAAGUGAUUGAAUACCUAAUUAUAAUCUGCUAGUUCGAUACCUAAAUUACAGCGGAACAUUUUGGAACGAAAAUAUUCACAUAGCCUAAUGGUUAACUUUAACCACACGUUGAGUCGUAUAAAAAAUAUAGUUACUGUAGUGUUAACUGCAGUUAAAACGUAUGUAGUUAAAAUGGCGCUUGUAUAGGAGUGAACAACAUUUUUCAAAAAAACAAUAAUGAAAAGCAAUGCUUUCCUGGGAUUUUCAAUCGCUAUCUUCCCUGUGAAUGUUUUCUGACAAUAUGAACUCUUCAAACCCUAUCGCUUUGGUGUUUUUACGAAAACAGAAUAUUUUUUGCACCGGUCGGAAGAUUUCUCGAAGACGACGUAGGGUCCAUUACAUGAAGAAACAUGAUAUAUAUAAUUGCCAAAUAGCUACACUUUGGUUUAACAUAGACAUCUCAUGGAAAAACUGUCUUCUUCUGCGAUUUUUGCAGCGGCUUGCCUUUGUUUAUUUGUCAUUGUUUUGAAUCAAAUUCCCGCCUGUACACGUAGUUGCAAAAUAUACGAGUCCACAAUCAUGUUAAAAAAUGCUUGUCACGCAGAGGUUGUUAAUUACUGCUUAGUUUAUGUACAGUAAUUUUGUGUUUAAAACAAAAUACGCAUACAUUUUGCCCCUGACUUUAAGACUUAUCAGUCUUAAAGAAACAUUGCUUUAAAGAACAUAAUCCAUGUAAGGUAAAAAGACAGUUGCAAGCGACAAUUUUGUUAUUUUUACCUAGUAUGUUUUGUAAUCUUUUGCAAAACAUUUUGAGCGCUAAACCUAGGUUCCACGGAAGAGAAAAACAAUUUUCCACGUUUGGUCAUAGGUCAGUGUCAAUUCAGUUUUACUAUUUUUUACUUCUAGGAGGAGGUUAUGAUAUACGAGCGAGUUUUGUUGCAGACAAUUAAAUUUGAUCUUCAAGUUGAACACCCAUAUAGCAUCCUUUUGAAAAUUGGAAAAUUGUUAAAAGGUAUUGUGUGCCAUUUAUUUUAAAGUUUUGGAUUGGGAAAUAAUAUUAUUUAAUCAGGGUGCGAUAAUUCAAUAUUUUUAGCCGUACCUGACUGGUACUCUGGACUAAUUUUUGCCGCAGUACUUGAGCUGGUGCAAACUUAAGAGUCAAGGUGUACCUAAGGCUACUUCCAAGUUUUGCGUUUUACACAUACGUUUAAAACUUUCUGAAUUUUAUAUAUUUAAUAAAUGCGUUUAACGCAAUAUAUCACACAUAAAACUCUCCACAUUUAUUCAUUUAGUUAGUCAUGAUUUCCAACAGCCUAAAACGUUUAUAAUCACAUUGAAUGGUUUACUGGUCUAAAAGCAAAAACAAUGGACAAUUUUGUAGAAACAAAUCUUUAAUGGUAUUUGUACGACAUAACAAUUUUCGUUGUUGCAACUCGAAUGCCAUCGCUCAGUUACAGUAUAUUUACCUAGGGUGCUAACAGCCUAACCCCAUCGAACCAUUCAUGGACAUAGCGUUAACAAGCGUAAUUCGGAAAUGUUCGAGAAUUAUUUCACUCCAGUCGAUAGCAUAUAGCGUCCACUAUACGUAAACGCCAAAAAACACAGAUAACAAAGUUAACAACCUUGUUUGAUCCGAAAAUAUGUUGGAUGUGUGGAAUUUGCAUGUACUGUAUACAGCUAACGUUAUUGACGGUUUUGAAUACCUUGGAAGGUUUGCUAGUUAUUGCUAGAAGGAAAAUGUAAGUACGUGAAUAGCAAAUUCUCGUGUACCUACGUGGUACUCGGCUAAAAACAAAGAAGUACCAGACCGUAAUUUUUAAGUAUAACUCCGUAUACUAUACGUACCUCCGUAUACUAUACGUUGUACAUGGCGUAUACCUCCGUAUACUAUACGUUGGUACGCGAAUUAUCGCACCCUGAUUUUAAUAGUACAGGUGAAAGAAUGAUCAAGACCCAUUUGGAUGAGACUAUCCAAACUAGUAAUUUUCGUUGGUAUAUAAAUUAGUUUAUCACAUAAUUAUGUACUUGUACUGUACGUUUAUCAGGGCAAUAACAGGGUGAUGUAAAAACGUUAUGUCAUUGGUAUCUUUUUUGUCAGUCUAGUGAUUUUUUUUAUCACUGAUUUUUUUUUGCCCCUUUUUAACAAUUGUUACCUUGGGGCAGUGAUUAAUAUUUUAAUAAAUUGUGACCCUGAUGAAGGCACAUGCAAGUAUAUAAUAAAAUGUUGUCAUAAUCCGGACGAGGCGACAUCAAUUUGUAUCAUUUUCAGGAUGAUAUCCAAGAAGCAGUAUACCCAUGCAGUGGCCAGUACUUAGGCAGUAUCCAAUAGCUUUAAAAACUUGUGAUAUCGGCCUUUCAAACGAUAAAACUGAUAUCGCCUCGCCCCUUAUACAUAUGAUAACCUAGCCUGUAUAUGAUCACCAUUUCCUCCACCCUUUGGGGGGGUGGGGUGAAAAACGUCAGGAUUUUUGGCGACCAAAAAUGAUAGAAUGUGCAUGGAAAGUGAGAGAGGAGUGAAAUAUAAUAUAAGUUUAAAGUUUAUGGGAAUAGAAAAUUGUGUUACUACAAUUGUGUUCUUUGUGCAUGAAUUUCACUCCAAAAAUUAGUGGAAUGGACUUUCAAUGUUGAAAAAUUUUCGGGAGCGUGGCCCUCCGACUAAGCAUUACUGUACCUAAUAGCAUGACAGAACAAUUAUUGUCUUGAGUUUGAGCUUUGUCACUGGUGAAAAGUGCCUCCAGACGUAUUCACUAUUCUUCAGACUGUACCCUAAUAGAGUGUUCCCCAGGGACCAACUCAUUCCCCAGGGACCAACUCAACAAACGCUAUGGCGUCCAUGUUGGUGUCCCAGACAAAAGAGUCUAAUUAAAAUUAUUUUGAAUUGCAACACCAAUUUGCAAAUUCUCUAUAGGGGAAGAAAGUAUAGUAUCCUUCCAAAAUUAGGAGUGGGAGAAAAGUGACCUACUGUACUGGUAACAAUAUAUAUACUCUACCCUGUAUGUAACAGUACUAUAAGUUAUUUAAGGUCGAUUACACAGCUAGUGUGGUUCACCAACUCGCCGAAGCCAGAGAUUCUUGAUACAACAGUCUGAUAAAAAAAAUAUUGAUGUAAUCGGUCACUGAAAUGGCAUGAUGGGGAGUGCCUUGAAUAGUGUAUGCAAUGUAUGAACGACUGAGUUCUAAUGGUUUGGAUGGGUUUUUAUGUGCACGUUUAGGAGAUAAAGGGAAAAUUCAAAAAUUGGUUCAAAUGGCAUGGACGUUUGUAAAUGACAGGUAUAAAUUUUGUUCACAAUUCAAAUGAAUAUAAGAACCUUUUUGAAAUUAUUUUGGCUUACAUGACGACAUACUUGUGACUUUUUCACCUAUAGUUUAGCGACCAGUCUCAGUUUAAGAAAGCGACCUGAGAUUUUGGCAGUUGCACAUUUGAACUUGGCAGGGAAGCUGGCUAAUUUUGAUUUGAAAGCAUCAACAGAUUCUCCAUCCAGCAAGCCUUGGUGGUAUAGCUUUAACAAGGAAUGUCAGGAGCUAGUUGUUGAAGGUAUACUACUUGUUCAUUUUGUCUUUUUUUGCCCUGGCUUGUAUAAACAGGGUUGGAAAAGGUAGCGGACCCCGUGACCAUUGGUCCCAGAAAAUUUUUUGAUUUCCCAGAAAAUAUUUUCCCAAGAUAGGAAAAAAAGAUAAUUUUAAAACUUUAGAUAAAAGGAAAAAUCAGAGGAAAAAUUCUAACCAAUAGAAAGCAUACCUGUAAGCUACUGUAGGUAUGGCCUCAGAAAUGCAAUUAUAAGUGCAUCUAUCUUAAUAGUGUAUAAAUGUAUAGACUGUAGAAUGAUGUAACAAAUGUUGUAUGACAAAUGUAUUUUUAGGUACCUGAUUUUCAAAAUUUUCUCAGUGUGCUAAAAUUGACUUUUUUCUGUCAAAAUAUAGCAUGACAACAUUUAAAACAUUCUACUAUGUGACUAAACAAUAAAUAUCGUGCGACACAUAUGUUACAAAAAACAAACUGACAAAUAGGCUCUUCAACACGAUUAGUAGAUAAACUCAAACGGAAGAAGACAAACGGGACAAGAAGUCCCAUGCAUGCAAGGUGUUCCCCGUAAUUACUUUAAAUAUAUUACUACAUAUAGGACAAAGCCACUACAUGGACCCCAAAUAUACAAAUUUAUACAUAUACUGUGCACACUGCAAAACUCAAGCAGUCGACUCCAAAGGGGCUACACUGAAACCAAGAAAUAGGGCAAGGUAAUCAUGUUAAUAAACAAGUUUGGUAACUUGUUAGUGUUGCACAGUCACAGCGUUCGAGUGUCAAUUCACUUGAUUAUUCGCAAAAAAUUUUCAAUGCAGAAAGUAAAAUGCAGUUUCUUCAGUUUCUCACUCAUUGACAAGAGGAUUUCCCAGCAGGCUAUCGCCCAUUUAAUAGGGGAUCCCAGAUACUGUACCUACGAUUUAACGUCCUUAUCUGAGAAGACGUGAAAGUCUAACCAUUUUCCGAUGUCAGUUUAAAGGUACAUAUAGCUCUUUCUCCUCAAUUAUUUUAAGACCUUGAGUAAAGGUGCGACCAAAGCUUGAACUCCGGUCUCUCAGCUUGAAAGGCAAGCAUUGUGAGCGAGUAAUUAAAGUGAGCGAGUUUUUUUUAAUUUGUGAUAUUGUAAAUCAGAAAUUUGCAACGAAAUGCUGGAGCUAUACGGUGCCGCAAAGAAAGAAAAACCGCAAAAGAAAAGUCUCAGUGAGAAAGUCGAACCAAGUCCACCCAACUCCUCAAGUCAGUCGAGCCCAUCUGUCACGAACAGUCCACCAUUCAAGAAAAAGGUAAAAUAUCGUUUUUUCUUUUUGAGUCGAAUAUUUAUCGAAUUAUGUGCAGUGUUCGUCAUUGACGGUCGGUGCCAUACAGUGUAGAUAGCGACGAUAACAGGGCGCGGAAUAACGGCCGGUUAACGGACAAUGGUAAAAGAACAAUUUUGGUAAAAGAACAAACUUAUCUUCAUUUCAAUUAAUAAUCAAAAUAAAGUUAAGUAUUAUGAUUAAGAACCAUAACAUGUUGUCGAAAAUUUUGCGGGAAAAGAACUUCAAUUUGCCAUUUUUUCCACGCAGUACGUCACAAAGCCCAUGGCCAUCCUUUUGGCUUAAGAGUUAAGGCCAUGCUUUUAGCGCAGUGCAAGCUGUUUUAUGAGAAGGAGUUUUUGAAUUACUGAUUACAGUCAGGCUUUUUGUAGUGCUAUACUGGUAUACUUUACUAGGCUUUGCUUUGCUUUAAGCAUGUCCGAGCUAAAAUUGAGUUGGCCGGUCAUCUUGACCAGCGACCAUCCAGCCGUUAUUUCACGCCCUGCAGCUGUGGAUCGAGGGACAUACAACUAUAAGCAGAAUUGCGAUCCCUUCCAUCCACAGCUGUCUCUCUAUACUUUUUUUAAUCUGGCAUACCAAGGUAGACAAAUGUGUGUCCUUUUUUAAUAUAUUUUUACUCUCCCUAAAUAGAGAGUUGAAAAUAAAGAUAUAGAAGGAAAAUCCACGCCAGUUCCUGCAUCUGCAAAACCAGGUAUACAUAUAUUAUUCGUGUAUUGUAUAUAUUUGAAUUGAAGAAGUGAGAGGGCAUUGUUUAAAAUAUACCUAAACAGCUAAUGAUAGAGUAAUAUUAUUUAUACACGCUGACCCCGUCAAUCGAAGCUGAUUUCCACGAGGGGCGCGUGCCAAGAAAUAAAUACAAUUUUUUACGUGUACAAGAAAGACUUAGUGAUAUUUAGAGCUACAUUUACAAAAUAUAUAAGUUUUAAAAGAUAUAGAAUAUUAAAAUCAUCUUCAGACAGAAUUGAUUCUGUCUGAAGAUGACUUUGAAAUAAAGUCGAAAAUUUAUAGUCUCAACCCGCGCCUUAAUUGUUUUGAAUCAUAUAUUGUAUUCUCAAGAUGUCUUGUCUUUUCGGAAUUUGUUUUCUUACUUAUAUAGAGUAUUAAAAUAGUAACAUUUAUAUUAAUGCGUAUUAAAAUAUUUAAGAACGAACUUUCUCUUUUGAGCCUCAUGUUAAUAAUAUAUUAAUUUUGUGUUGAAUGUAUAAACCAUAUAGAUAUCUUAUAUACACUAGAUAGCGCAUCUCUUUUAGUAAAAUUGAAGCCAAGAAUAUUCCAGCGGUUACCCCCAUUUGAAUAGAUGUCGGCCAUGUUGGAGUUUCCCACUCGCUAAUAAACGCUUAAAAAAUAACAAUAACUUUCAUCAUUUGAAUAGUUUGAAAAUGUAUUUGGAAUAGGUUUAACUUAAUGUUUAAGUUCCCUGUUUAAGAAAUACAAAACAUACGAGUCUUCUCAUUUCAUGGGAUAUCCUGAGUCUGCAAUCACGGCUUCAAUUUUUGAAUUGCAGAAUAAUUAGAUGCUCUAUCUAGUGUAUAUAAGAUAUCUAUGGUAUAAACCACAGCAUGACUUUUUAAUGUGUUUAUUACAUCAGCAAACGACGUUUCUGAGAUUUACUCCCUCUUCAGGUAUAGAUAAGAUUACAAUAUUACAAUUCUAAAUGGUAAUCUUAUCUACCUGAAGAUGGAGUGCGUCUCAGAAACGUCGUUUGCUGAUGCAAUAAACACAUUAAAAAAGUUUACUGUGAUCUACACAUUGAACACAAAAUAUAGUAUUAAACUAGAAGUUACUAUCGCAAGGCAAGUGCUGUCUUACGACCAAAGCCCUGGGGAUUGAUUAUACCAACAAACUUCGUUUAUUUAAAUUGCCUCAUACACACUGUAUGAAUGAAUUUAUUUUGUUCAAAAAAGUAUCGAAAUUACAACAUGCAAUAAUUACUAGAUACUGUAAAGUGUACUUCGGAAUUUUAUAUUUAUACAAUGUCAUGUUAUUUUUGUAUUAAAAUAGUAACAUUAAUGUCUAAUGAGAAAGUUGGUAAACUAUUUACAGUUACAAUAUAGAUGUAAGCAGCGUUUUAUUUGGAAAGGAAGAAAGUGGUUUGCUUUUCCUAAUUUCUUUUGGAAUAAAAUUCCAAAGGUUUGCGCCUUCAUACAUGAAACUAUAUUUUCCAUGUUAUUGGUACGAGGUUUUGGUAAAAAAAGACCACUUGAAAUCUCCCGAAGGUGACUGUUUGUUUUCUUACAUUUAUAUGAAAAUAGAUUUGAGUGAUUUGGGACCCAUUUUAUUUAAUCUUUUAUACAUCAGUUUUGCUUUAGCCUUCUUCCUUUCUGUUUUGAGUGGUUCCCAACCCAACCCAAUGCACGCAAAACAAUUGAACCGGUUUACGCCAACAUACACUGGAACAAAAGUAACUAACUUUCAAAUUUUAUAUGUGAGUGUAUUGGGUAGUAUAUGCAUUAAAACACAUUUGAAAUCAAAAUCAAUCACAGUAGAAUAACAUUUGCUAGGGCCUGAAACGGGCAGUCCAUAUAAACACACGCUUUCGCCGAAUUUGUUUAUUUCCUUUCUGAAUCGAUCUGAAGCAGCUCAUUCUUCUCCUUUUAGGAUCGAAAGCUCCACCACCACCCUCAUUUACGGCUGUGUCAGCCAACACCAAUCAAGUAGUUUCUACCAACACAGUUCAAACUAGUGCAGGUUUCCAAUCGGUCGAAAAUAUAAGCCCUGUGGUAACUUCAGAUGGUCUUGCUAAAACUGCAUCAUACACCCUACCAUCAACCAUACCUUCUCAGGUUCUUAGUCCUCUGGUGCAAUCAACCGUACCGUAUGUCAAUCCAGUUAUACCACAUAGUGCGUACCUUGGUGGUACAUUCAGUCCCAUUCCAUUUGGUAUCCCGCCUCCGACAGACUCUACAAUACCAGCUUCCUCAAGCUCGUCAACACUGCUACCGCCCCCUAAUCUUGUACCACCCACUAGUUUGGUAGGUGUGCAGAAUCCCACUGGGUUUGGACAAACCUUUGCACGUGUACCCCCACCCUUACACCAACCACCGCCGUCGCUUCAAAAUCUUACCCAGCCCCCACCGCCACUUCAAAGUCACGCCCAUCAUCCACCAUCAUUCAUGCAGACCCAGCCCCCUCCCAAUCUUAUUCAACCCCUACCUACUCAUGGUAUUCAAACACAACCACCACCUCAUAUACACACCCAACCCCCACCCUCACAAAUCCAUGUCCGCCCCCCACUGCCUCAUAUACAAACUCAACCCCUACCCUCGCAUAUGCAAACCCACCCCUCGCUGGAAUCCCACCAACAACCAUCGGGUCACACGUACGGCCAACGCCCACCUCUUCCUCCACAUAAACUUUUUCCAGCCAUGCAUCAUCAACAACCCCCUCCUAUCUCGAUGUUACCCCGAGCUGGAAUGAACAAUGCGGGACCACCACCAGUGUCUGGCAAUAACAUACCUAACUGGCGGACAACUGGUUAUAACAGACCACCUAACAACCACCCGAUGGGUAGGGGAGGCUGGAUGCGGUAAAAUUUAUACCCUGUAGUGUAAAUGCUAUUACAACGAAGUACUUGUAAACAAAUUAAGUUUUUAUUAUUUUCACAAUAGUAUAAAUUUUUCUCAAGUUACUCCAGAAUUCUUGUAAUUGAAUAAUUUCAUGAAAUAGGAAAGAUAGUUGUUCUUUGAAGCAACAAAUCUUACAGGAACUACCAAGUAGUUUUACAAAAUGUUUGAAAAAAAUAUCGUUGUUUUGUAUUUUGAGCAAGAAAGCGAUUAAGCUUGCCGCACACAAGGGAAACUUGCUCAGCUAACCGCCUCACCUGGCGGCUAGCUCAGCUAUGUAUUUUCGCCGCACACGUUGGGAAAACUUCUCAACAACAACAUAAUUGACAAAUUCGUUUGCAUUUUCUUCCAUUGUGUUCAAAGUCACACGAAGAAACUAUGGUUUCUCAUUGGCUAAUUGAUUUAAACAGCUCACCACUAAGCUCGCAACAUCCGCAGAUGUCGAGACUUUUUCCUCACGAGGUGAAAAUAUCAAACACGAUAGAUAUUUUCCUCAAGGCCUCGAGAGGUCAAAUCCUCACGAAAACUAUUCGCACACGAGAGAAACUUGCUGACCUAGCUGCCACGCGAGGCGGUUAGCUCAGCAAGUUGCUCUCGUGUGCGGCAGGCUACGUUCAUGGUGGCUUGAUAUAUAUAUCCACACAAAAUCCGUUAUGCAAGAAUCGCGCAAACAAAAUGUUAUGCCAUAUAAACAACCCGCGUGACCCUUCGUGCCCUUGUGAAUAUUAGAGAGGUUAAGAUACCCCGGUUUACGGGUACGGGUGAUAUACACGUACCCGCAAAUCGGGGAACGACUUGUAACUUAAGAAAUCCAAGAUAUUGCGACGUGCGAAAACCAAUCAGAGAAUGGUAACUUUCGCUGUUGAGGUUCGCAUAAAUUGUUGAAAACUUUGACGAGCAUAUGCAUAUUUAUUCAGGUAAGAAAGAUGUUGAAAAUUUUUACUAUUUAACCGGCCCACAAAUAGUAAACAGAAAACACCCGUACCCGUUCGUCUUUUACGUGUAGACCUUGGUUUACCGCGGGGAAACGGGUAGAAAUUACGGGUAAAUAUGCUGACAUCAGCAAAAAUUGCUAAACAAAAUGGCGAUACUCGUACCCGUAAAUCGGAACCGAGGUAUCUUAACCUCUCUAUUAACGACUUGCUCACGCCAUCUUGCGCCAUUGUGCUUGUGAAUUGCUGACGUCAUUCGAAAUGCCGCUUGUUAACAAACAGUGCGCUAUAUCUCAUUAUUUUAUAAGGCGACCUAUGUUGAAAUUCGGCACACUGUAUUGUAGUGCAAAAGUCUUUUAGUAUACAAAAAAGUUUAAAAAAAUAUCUGUAAUACCAAAAACAUUUCUCGAGGAAAAGGACAUAUUUGCUAAAGUGUAAAUACCUGAUUAUUAAAAUGAUUGAAUACCAAAUGAAUCUGCUGACUCGAUA